CUGAUAUCACGUGUUCUGUCAAAGAAUUUCAGUAAUUCGCCACUCGAUGCGAGAAAAAAACUCCAAACAUAUGAUGUAUUCUGAACAUUACUCUAAAAUAUUUGAAAAGUACAAAUGGAAAAAGCAACAACAUCCACUAAAUUCUACCCAUUCAUGUCCAGUUACCAGUAAUGAUGUCCCUGGAAAUCGCAUCAAACAGAAUCCCCAGGCUGCUUUAAAUUCAUCCAGUAUCAGGUCAUCUAACUUGACAAGUGCAAGUAAAUUAAAAUCUCAUGUUUUGCUUAGUAUAGUUGAAGGAAGAGGUCAAUCAACUGGAGAAAUAGGUUUAGCUACUAUCGAUAUUUACUCAGCAAAUGUUGAAUUAUCACAAUUUCGUGAUACUAGCAGUUAUAGUCGAACACUUGUAAAACUACUUUUAUAUUGUCCUACAGAAAUAAUUCUUCCUAAAUCUGGUUUGGAUCCAAAUAGUUGUAUGCGGAAACUUGUGAAAAUCCUACUGUCUUUACGCAAUGGUAUGACAUUAAAUGGUGUUAACAGAAAUCACUUCAAUGAUAAACAAGGUUUACACUAUUUAAGAAGAUUAUGCCAUCCACAUUACAUUCCAUCUAUAUACGCUAUUAAAGAGAAAUUUUAUGCUCUUUCAGCACUGUCUGCUUUACUUAAUUAUGCUGAAGAAAUUCAUGGACUUAUUUAUGCUCCAAAAUCAAUGAAAUUCUCAUUUACAGGAUCUGUUAAAUCUACUAUGAUUGACUACAAAAGUGCAAAUCGUUUACGUUUGGUUAGAAAUAAUUACGACUAUUCAGCCAAAGAUACACUUUAUUCAGCAAUAGAUUUCACCAGUACAGCUAGUGGUGCUCGAUUAUUACGAGCCAACUUGUUGGAACCCCCAUGUGACUUGGAAACAAUUUUGAAUCGACAAGCUUCUGUUCGUGAACUAAUAUCUUCACCAGAAACUUUAUUUAACAUACAGAAUAUCUUACGUCAAUUCCCUCAUAUUGAUAGUCUUUUAUCACUUUGUGUUCAAAUAUGUUCGUCAUCAAAUUUAAUGUUUGACUGGCAUAACACUAUCAAUAACAAAAAUUCAUUUAGAUCAAAUAAAUCGAAUGAACUUUUAAUCAAUUCAACUGAAUUGUGUACACAAGAUAGCAUUACUCAUUCACCUUUAAUUAGUACAGUGAAAGAAAAAUCAACAGGUUUGCUAUUUGACAGGCCUACAAAAUCUUCAACUUUACUACCUGGAUCAUCAUCAUCACUAAUAGUACCCAGUUCCGAGAAGCAUUGUCUACCUAAAAGUGAUAUGAUCUAUUUAAAGAAAGCAGUAAACAUUCAAGCAGCUGAAUCUCGAAUUACAAAAGUUAUUGCAAUUAAAUAUAUGUUAGAUCUUGUCAAAUUAUUGUAUAAUGCUAUGGGUGAUGUCAAAUCUACAUUGUUGAGAACAUAUAAAGAGCUUUUACAUGAUUCGGAAUAUGAACAUGUUUUACAAAUUUUGUGCACUGUACUACAUAAAGAUGUACGAAUGUCAAAAGGGAUGCUAGCUAUGAGAACACAGAAAUGUUUUGCAAUCAAGGAAGGAUUAAGCGUGGUAUUAGAUGUUACACGUAAAGCCUACUCAGAACAGCUUGAUGAUAUUACGAAUGAAGUUAGCAGACUUUCACAUCAAUAUAAUCUACCAUUGCGAAUAUCUCACAAUAAAGCUCGUGGAUUUUACAUUCAAAUACCUGAAGAAUCAUUAAAAACUUACACAAAAACAUCGUCAUCGAAAAUCAGUUAUGGCACUUCGACAUUGUCUAAUGACACUAAUUUUUUAAAUGAAAACAUCUUUAUUGAAGCAGAAGAAGAAGAGGACGAACAACAAGGAAAUAUCCAAGCAUGUAAAACAUUGCAUAGAACUAAUCGAAAUACUGUUCAUAAUAAAUAUCCUCAUAGGACUCUGACAACAUCCGAGCUUAGCAAUAGUCCUGUACUUCAAAAUCUUCCAGAUGAGUUUAAAAAACCAUUUAUAUCAAAAAAUGUUGUACAUUGUACAACAAAUUCACUUAUUCGUUUAAAUGGUAAGUUGAUUCAAAUUGCGGAUAUGGAAAAACGGAUUAAAGGAUCUCUUUAUGAAGUAUAUCAUAUUGCUGAUCAAAUUAUUAGCGACUUAAUUACUGGACUGCAUCCAGAUAUGGCACUGUUUUAUCGUUUGUCAGAAGUAAUCGCAGGUCUGGAUCUAUUAGCCUCAUUCGCCAAAAUGUCAUUAACUUAUUCUCUCAGAAAUCAUUUCGUUUGCCCAGUAUUUAAUAAUAUACUUGGGAUUAAAAAUGGAAGGAACAUUGUUACUGAUGAAGAAAAGAAAUCAUUAUCUGUGGCAAAUCAUACGUAUGCAUCACCUGCUUUGAACUUUCAUGUUAUAACUGGACCUCCCAUGUGUGGAAAAACAACCUAUCUUAGACAAAUUGCAUAUAUACAAAUUUUAGCACAAAUAGGUUCAUUUGUUCCGGCUGAAUUCACUUCAGUACGUCUUACUGAUCAAAUAUUCUUUCAUACAGAAGGACAAGAUGAUAUACUUUUAGGGGAAUCUAGUUUUGUUAAUGAAAUAAGAGAAUUGACUUAUAUUUUACAAAAUUUCUCCAGAUCAUCUAUUAUUCUUAUCGAUGGUUUAUGCCAGAAUACUGACCCUGAUGAAGUCGAAUAUCUCAACUGGGCUAUCUGUGAAGCAUUACUGGAACAUAAAGCUUUCACGUUUUUGGCAACUAAUCGUUAUGAAUUGACCUCCUUAGCUUCAUUCUAUCCAAAUGUAGAAAAUUAUUAUUUUUCAGUACAAGAAGAAGUUUUAAAUAUUUAUCAUGGACAUCAUAAUAUAGGUACAUCAAAUCGAAGUACUCAUGAAACAUCAUAUGCUAAUAACAGCAGUUUCACUGAAGAAUCUCCGUUAGUUCAUAGUUUCUCGGAUGAAAAUUAUUCAAAUACAUUCAAAAUGAAUCAACAUCUAAAACAUUUCGAAUUCAUUGAUUCAACCAGUCAAGAUCUUGGUCAAAUCACUUUUACUUAUAAAUUAAACAAAGGAAUAUCACCCAAAAUAAUGUAUGGUAUUAAAUUGGCCAGGCUUACUGCACUUCCUCAAGAGAUAUUGGAUCGAGCUGAAGAACUUCUGAAUUCAUACAUUGAAGAAGAAAAUAUAAGCAAUGAUGAUGAUGAAAAAACCAACAACAGAAAGACUAUGACAAUGAGUGAUACUGGAGAUUUAGAACAAAUUGAUAGAAAUAUCAGUUUAAAUUUUCAAAAUUUGCAAAGACAAAUAUUGAAGACCCAAAAUAACCAGACUGAUUUGGAUGCAUCCAUUCCAACGGAAUCCUCACAUUGUACUACUGUAACAAAUUCGAGACAUGGUAUAUCAAAUUUAAAAUGGAAAAAUACCAAGAAAAACGGUUAUUUAACAGGAAACGAUCGCUUGGAACAUGAAUUGUUCAGACAAUUACAAAUCAUAUCAAAAGCUUACCAAACAAUGAACACAAAUCAACAUUUAUCUAAUUCAGAAAAAGAAGACAUUCAACAUGAAAUUUCAAAUUAUCUCAGAUUUCUAGAGUGUCGAUACCAAAGAUUAUUACUGUGAACAUAAAUACAACUAAGAUUUCUUCCUAAGUUAGUUGCUAUUUGUUAACAUACAUAUUAGGAUUUUCUUAAAA